CCCCCGCUGGCCGGCCGAUCCACCAAAGGCGGGGCCAAGGCCGAGAAGAAGCUCCUCGCUUCGCUGGAGUGGCUUAUGCCCAACCGGUUCUCGCAGCUCCAGAGGCUGACCCUCAUCCACUGGAAGUCCCAGGUACAUCCCGUGCUGAAGCUGGUCAGUGAGUCCUGUCCUCGGCUCACCUUCCUCAAGCUCUCCGACUGCCACGGUGUGACUUCGGACACUCUGGUCAUGCUGGCCAGAGCCUGCCCCCAGCUCCACAGCCUGGACCUUCAGCACUCCAUGGUGGAGUCCACGGCUGUGGUGAACUUCUUGGAGGAGGUGGGGCCUCGAAUGCGCAAGCUGUGGCUGACCUACGGCUCCCAGACCACUGCCAUCUUGGGCGCCCUGCUGGGCAGCUGCUGCCCCCAGCUCCAGCUCCUGGAGGUGAGCACGGGCAUUCACCGAAACAACACUCCCCUCCAGCUGCCCGUGGAGGCCCUGCAGAGAGGCUGCCCCCAGCUGCAGGUGCUGCGGCUGCUGAACCUGAUAUGGCUGCCCAAACCAUCGGGGCGAGUGGCGAUUCCUGGCCCAGGCUUCCCUCGCCUCGAGGAGCUCUGCCUUGCCGGCUCCACAUGCAACUUUGUGAGCAACGAGGCUCUGAGCCGCCUGCUCCGAGGUUCCCCUGGCCUGCGCCUGCUGGAUCUUCGAGGCUGCGCCCGCGUCACACCCAUCGGCCUGUAUGACCUACCGUGUCAGGAGUUGGAGCAGCUGCACCUGGGCCUGUAUGGCAUGUCAGAUCGGCUGACUCUAGCCAAGGAGGGCAGCCCCCUGUUGACCCAUAAGUGGUGCCACACUCUGCGGGAACUGGACUUGAGUGGCCAGGGCUUCAGUGAGAAGGACUUGGAGCAGGCCCUAGCCGCCUUCUCAGGCCCCCCCGGGGGCUCACCCCCAGCCCUGUGCUCCCUUAACCUCAGGGGCACCCGGGUCACACCAAGCACAGUCAGCUCUGUGAUCAGCAGCUGCCCAGGCCUGCUGUACCUCAACCUGGAGUCCUGCCGCUGCCUUCCCCGGGGCCUGAAGCGGACCUACCGGGGCCCAGAGGAGGUCCAAUGGUGCCUGGAGCAGCUGCUCACCUGCCCCCCUGCCCCCAGCUAGGCCGCCUGGCCCUGCACCCUUUUCCAGUUUUGGAUGUUGGAGCAUUUUGUUACAAUAAACAUUUUAAAAACC